AUAGCCACCGUAUAACUGCGUCAUUGACUCAUUGACAGUGAACGAACAGUGUUCGCCGGACCGCCACGUUAAGGAGACGCGUCGCGGCUUCACUCCAUAACCGCAUUACACACGCGAUUCCAUAAAUGAAACACGUUUAGCAGCAGGAAAUUCCUUACAAAUUUCGCAUAUUUUCAUUGUGUAUGCUGCGUAUUAUUCGAAAAUUUUGCACCAUGAAACCACCAACAAACGGUGGUUUACUUCACGAUGUGGACAUAUCGACGAAGAAGGCGACAUUCGGAAUGGGUUGUUUCUGGUCAAAUGAUUCCCUCUUUGGAGCUACAAACGGCAUCAUUCGAACAAGAGUGGGUUAUGCUGGCGGGACUACUAAGAAUCCCAAUUACAGAAACAUAGGUGACCACACAGAAGUAAUAGAGUUGGACUACGACCCUAAAACCAUCACGUACGAGGAGCUACUUGACAAGUUCUGGGCUAACCAUGAAUACGGACUUACCACGAAGAUAAAGAAACAGUACCAAUCUAUGAUCCUGUAUCACGACGAGGAACAGCGCCUGGCCGCGGAGGCGUCUCACAAAGCAAUGCAAACCCGUUGCAACGAGCAGCUAAGAACAGAAAUAGCACCAGCUGGUGUUUUUUAUCCCGCAGAAGAUUACCAUCAGAAAUACCGAUUGCAAGGACAUAAAGAUCUCUGCCGAAGCUUGGAUCUCGAUUCCUCAAAGCUACAGACCUCACACUUGGCGGCAAGACUCAACGGGUACCUCGUAGGUGUUGGUGGGGUGGCACAAUUCGAUGAGGAGGUUGGUCGUCUAGGCUUGAGCGAGAAACAGGCUGAAUAUGUCCGUCGUGAAUUGGAACGCAAUCAAGGCGGGGGACUUUCGUGCUAAAUGAUAGACUUAAGACUACACAAUCUAAACGAACACGUUAAAGUUAAAUGUACAUUUUUUGUGAUACACUUUAGUUACGUAUAAAAAUAUAGCUAAUUAAAUUGGCACAUUUAAUUGGAGUUGCAAAUGAAUCCACUAAAAUUAUUAAUUAAUCUUUAAUAUAUUGUUAAUAUUUUUAAGUCAUUGUGAAAUUUUAAAUGAACAACUUUAAGUUUUAUCACUUUUAGUUACUAAUUCUUAAUUGAUUAAUUGACCUAUCUGUUUUUUUAAGUAGUUUACACAUUUGAACAAUCUCACUUGUUUCAAUAAAUGGUCUUUCAUUUUAAAUAUUUUAUAAAAAUUACUAUAUAUAUUAUUUAAUUAACAUUGUUUUUAUUUCAUUCCACUCAAAUAUUAUUAUUCACUUUACUUUAUUGAAGAGUUUUUCAGAAAUUCCGAAAUUUUAGAGAAUAUUUGACUUUUUCAGAGUUAUAAAGACUAUUAUUCUUUUAAAAGUCUUAUGCAGAGUUAUGAAGAGUUCUUAAGAUUUAAGAUUACAAACAAAUAUUUCUACCAGAGAGAUCAAUGAUUUUAGAAUAAACUGUAAACUUCACGAGCAAAUAGUUCGUAUAGUUAUUCCAAAAAGAUUUCAGUAAUAUUUAUCGAUAAAACUACUUUAAAUAAUAAUAUAAAAUAAUAAUAUUUAUACUAAUACAUAACUACUAUUCACUUAUAAUAAGAAUAAUGACUAUUCGCUCAUAAUUAAUCUAAACUCCAACUUAAGAUAAAUAUAAUAAAAAUUCUCAUUUUAUUAUAA